CACCACCGAUGCGGUUGAGGGUGCGCGUGCCGGUCCCGUUUGACUGUGAGUUGUUUCGUUAAUAGGUAGAGAACAAAAAAGAUGUACAACGACGACGAAAAUGGAUUACAUGGAACAGGAAGAUGAGUGGGAGAGAGAAGGCCUCUUGGAUCCUGCCUGGGAGAAGCAGCAGAAAAAAACAUUCACCGCCUGGUGCAACUCCCACCUGCGGAAGGCUGGCACCUCGAUCGAGAACAUCGAGGAAGACUUCCGGAACGGUCUGAAGCUGAUGCUGCUGCUCGAGGUCAUCUCGGGCGAGACGCUCGCCAAGCCCGACCGCGGCAAGAUGCGCUUCCACAAGAUCGCCAACGUCAACAAGGCUCUCGACUUCAUCGCCAGCAAGGGCGUCAAGCUGGUCUCCAUCGGCGCGGAGGAGAUCGUCGAUGGUAACCUGAAGAUGACGCUGGGCAUGAUCUGGACCAUCAUCCUGCGCUUCGCCAUCCAGGACAUCUCGGUGGAGGAGAUGACGGCCAAGGAGGGCCUGCUGCUCUGGUGCCAGCGCAAGACGGCGCCCUACAAGAACGUCAACGUGCAGAACUUCCACACGAGCUUCAAGGACGGCCUGGCGUUCUGCGCCCUCAUCCACCGGCACCGGCCCGACCUCAUCGACUACGACAAACUCUCCAAGGACAACCCGAUGGAGAAUCUGAUGACCGCCUUCGACGUGGCCGAAAAGCACCUCGACAUCCCGAAGAUGUUGGACCCCGAAGACCUGAUCAACACGCCCAAACCCGACGAGCGUGCCAUCAUGACCUACGUCUCCUGCUACUAUCACGCCUUCCAGGGCGCCCAGCAGGCUGAAACGGCGUCCAACCGCAUCUGCAAGGUGCUGAAGGUGAAUCAGGACAACGAACGACUGAUGGAGGAGUACGAACGACUGGCCACCGAUCUGCUGGAGUGGAUCCGACGGACGCUGCCCUGGCUGGAGUCGCGGCAGACGGACAACUCGCUGGCCGGCGUGCAGAAGAAGCUGGACGAGUACCGCAACUACCGGCGCAAGCACAAGCCGCCGCGCGUCGAGCAGAAGGCCAAGCUGGAGACCAACUUCAACACGCUGCAGACGAAGCUGCGCCUCUCCAACCGGCCGGCCUACCUGCCCACCGAGGGCAAAACUGUGGGGGACGUGGCGGCGGCGUGGAAGCGCCUCGAGGGCUCCGAGAAGACCUUCGAGGAGUGGCUGCUGACUGAGGUCAUGAGGCUGGAGAGAAUAGACCAUCUGGCCAAGAAGUUCAACCAUAAGGCGGACAUCCACGAGGAAUGGACGCGCGGAAAGGAGGAGAUGCUGCAGAGCCAGGACUUCAGGAACUGCAAGCUCAAUGACCUGAAGGCUCUGAAGAAGAAACACGAGGCGUUCGAGUCGGACCUGGCCGCGCACCAGGAGCGCGUGGAGCAGAUCGCCGCCAUCGCGCAGGAGCUCAACUCUCUCGACUACCACGACGCGGCCACCAUCAACGCCCGCUGCCAGCGCAUCUGCGACCAGUGGGACCGGCUCGGCACGUUCACCACCCAGCGGCGCACGCAGCUGGACGAGACGGAGCGGCUGCUGGAGAAGCUGGACCAGCUGCACCUGGAGUUCGCCAAGCGCGCGGCGCCGUUCAACAACUGGCUGGACGGCGCUCGCGAGGACUUGGUCGACAUGUUCAUCGUGCACACCAUGGAGGAGAUCCAGGGGCUGAUCGAGGCGCACGAGCAGUUCAAGGCCACGCUGGGUGAAGCCGACAAGGAGUACAACUCGGUGGUCAACCUGGUGAAGGAGGUGGAGACGCUGGCGCGUCAGUACCAGAUCCCUGGCGGCCUGGAGAAUCCCUACACGUCGCUCACCGCGAACGUGCUGACGCAGAAGUGGUCGGACGUGCGCCAGAGCCUGGUGCCGCAGCGCGACCAGACGCUGCAGAACGAGAUGCGCCGCCAGCAGAACAACGAGGCGCUGCGUCGUCAGUUCGCCGAGAAGGCCAACCAGGUGGGGCCGUGGAUCGAGCAGCAGAUGGCCUCGGUCGCCGCCAUCGGCAUGGGCGGCCACGGCGCGCUCGAGGAUCAGCUGAUCAAGCUGAAGAACUACGAGCAGGCCGUGUACGCGUACAAGCCGCAGAUCGACGAGCUGGAGCGGAUCCACCAGUCGAUCCAGGAGAGCAUGAUCUUCGAGAACCGCUACACCCAGUACACGAUGGAGGCGCUGCGCAUCGGCUGGGAGCACCUGCUCACGUCCAUCAACAGGAACAUCAACGAAGUGGAGAACCAGAUCCUGACGCGCGACAGCAAGGGCAUCAGCCAGGACCAGCUGAACGAGUUCCGCGCCUCCUUCAACCACUUCGACAAGACGCGCACCGGCCGCCUUAACUGGGACGAGUUCAAGAGCUGCCUGAUCUCGGUGGGCUACAGCCUGGGCAAGGACCGGCAGGGUGAGCUGGACUUCCAGCGCAUCCUGGCCGUGGUGGACCCGAACGCCACGCACCAGGUGCCGUUCGACGCCUUCCUGGACUUCAUGACGCGCGAGUCGACCGACAUGGACACGGCCGAGCAGGUGAUCGAUUCGUUCCGAAUCCUGGCCGCCGACAAGCCGUACAUCCUGCCGGAGGAGCUACGUCGCGAGCUGCCGCCCGACCAGGCCGAGUACUGCAUCCAGCGGAUGGCGCCGUUCACCGGCCCCAACGCGGCGCCGGGCGCGCUCGACUACCUGUCCUUCUCCACUGCGCUGUACGGCGAGUCGGACCUGUAGGUGGUGCCGCAGCCGCCGGCCCGCGGCGGAGCUGUCUGCUCGGGCGCCCACCAGCCCGCUGGUCUGGGGUGUGGGUCGUGAGGCCUCGCGCCGGCUCGCCGGAAGCCCGAGCCCAAACCCAGCCCCGCCCCCGCCCCUGCCCCUGCCCGUCCCCCUCCCCCUCCCCGCCCCGCCCCGCCCCGCGCCAGCGUCCCCGCCCCCGCCUCCGCCUCCGCCUCCGCCUCCGCCUCCGCCUGUGCCCGCGCCGCUCCGCCCCGGGCGAGCCCCGCCCCGCGCCGAGGACGCCGGCCCGGCCGGCGCGGACCCUGGCCGAGAGCUGGACUGUGUGUGACGAACGUUGUUUGCUCGGCCAGACGCGAGCUAACGAGCAGCUGUGUCUUGCCUUAGUUCAUCGUAUCAAUACGUCUAGUCUUUGUUGAUUGAUCAAUGUGUACAUUGGAUGUUUUGUAAAUAACUCGAGAUAAUCUUGGGCGGCGGCGGCGGCGGUGGCGGUGGUGGCCGGGGCGGCGCGCCGUCGGUCGGCGAGGGGUGCGCCGGGCCGCCCAGUUCCCGCAGCGGGAGGGGUCCCCGGCGUCGCUCAGUCCCAGACCGGUGGCCCGGGACCGGAGCCCGCCGUCUGCCGCCCGCCGCCCGCCGCCCACCGCCGGCGCCGGCGCCGACGUCGGCGCCGCCCCUCCACCCGGCUUUCUCUGCCUCCUGUACUGAGCAGUCGCACCCGGCCAGUGGACGGACACCGCCGCGGCCCGGUAGGCGGCGCCACGUGUGCGGCGAUCUGCGCAGAUGGCGCUGCGCUCCGCCGCGACUGGCGAUACGGUAAAAUGCAGGCUUCCUCGCCCAGAUGCGCGGGCGUUCUUCUUCGAGUGUGUGUCGCAGAGCGCAUGAAGAGAGAGGGAGAGCGAGUGAGCGCGUUGGACGAAAGCGCCUUCGGACGGCCAAUAAAUUUUUAUCUAAGUCUAAGCGAGAAAGUGUUACGGAGAGAGACCCUCGCGCGUCGAUGCGCCACCGGCGCGCCCGACACCGGCGCGGCCCCCGCCGUGGACCGCGCAUGCGCGGGGGAUGCUGAGCGAGCGCCUGUUGUCCGGACCUGUAAAUACACGCGCUGCUGGAG